CAGGACGCCAUUAUUGGGGUCCUACAGUCACCGCCUACUACGUCAUCAGAUGCCGAUAGAAGCCCAAACAUUAAACGGAAACAAAACACGAACAGGGUUUAUUUUAGCUAUAGCUUGACACAAUGGCGUUAGAAACGGUGCCGAAGGAUCUGCGCCACCUGAGGGCCUGUCUGCUGUGUUCUCUGGUGAAGACCAUCGAUCAAUUUGAAUAUGACGGCUGCGACAACUGCGAGUCGUACCUGCAGAUGAAGGGGAACAGAGAGAUGGUUUAUGAAUGCACAAGUUCAUCGUUUGACGGUGUCAUAGCCAUGAUGAGUCCAGAAGACAGCUGGGUGGCGAAAUGGCAGAGAAUAGGUAACUUCAAGCCAGGUGUAUAUGCCGUGUCAGUGACAGGCAGACUACCUCCAGGUGUGGUGAGAGAGCUGAAGAGCAGAGGAGUGAUCUACAAAUCCAGAGACACGGCAGUAAAAACGUAACUGGGAUUGUUUUCCAUCGUCUUGGGUUCACGUUUGCCUCGUUGGAGCUGCAACAUCACAUCUUUAGUCUUAUGGAGCUGUUGGAUUUUGGUUCUUUUUGUUGCAAUUAAAGACUGAAAUAAAGGUCUGUUUUUUUUUAUAACUGCAA